AGGGUGACGGAGGUAUGUCGGGUCAGACGGAGCCCCGAUUAUAGCACACUCCCCACUGCCUCUCGGCCAGUCACUCGUCAGCCUGUCUGGCCCCAUCAUCUCCAGACGGCCCGUGGAAAACCACACGGGGUUUACUCCCACGUCCUGCUCGCAGUCGCCGGCAAGCGGAAAGCGGGCGACAGAGGGGGAAGAAAAAAAAUCAGAGCGCAGAGCUGACGGGAGCCGCAGCUCCUAAACAAACAACCCGGAACGUGAAAGAAAAAGUGACUCGGAAGGAGGGGCCGGUAGUUUUCUCCUCUCAUCUUCUCUCAAGCACGCACAGUUGCCCCGGCAUCCAGGCUGUGAGGAUUAAUGAACCUGUUCAAACUUGAAGGUGGCUUGUGAGGAUCAGAAAAGAGAACCAUGUAAACAGGAUGGUUACAGAUCACUGAGCAGAAACAAAACAGAGAAGAGAGAAGGUAUGGGGAAUUCCGAGAGCCAGUAUAGCAUCCAGGGACCGCGCGGCUCAAGCAUCGUCCUUCCAGGGAGACAGAAGCCCUUCCUGAAGUUCCGCUCCACCAAAGAGGAGUCAGUAUCACCUCACGGCUGUUGGAGGGUCAUCCCAGGCACGUCUGCACACAAGUCCAAAGCUGUUGGCCAUGGUUGCCUCUCUCAGCAAAAAGGCACUCUUCCCUACGUCCCCCGCCAUUAUGAUUACAUUGCGAAAGGAGUAAAUGAGGGAGGCAAUGGAGGGCCGUGGAAGGGUUCCCAUGAUCCCUUGGCAUCAGAGGGCCACUUGGUGUUAUCAUCAGAGAAUGGUUAUGGACAGUAUGAAGAUGCCACAGGAAAUGGCAGGCUGAAUGGAUACAUGAUGAAUGGACACAAAACUCCCGAGAGAAAACCUUGUCCAGAGUCACUGGAAGAGCAGAGCAGCCCACGCGUGGUUAUCAAAAAAGAUGGCAGCCUACGCGUGGAGUUCACCAACAACUCCACCAACAGCCCUUUACUGUUGGACGAGUGUGCUGGGCCUGUGCAGCUGCUGAAGUUCUCUCCAAAUGUGGACUCCACACCCAGCCUACCUGGGGUCACACGCCGACACGAACUGCACCAUGGAGCACCGACGGCCACCAGUUCCACCACCAGAACCAGUAAGGGCAGCUCUCUGAGCUCCGAGGGCUCUUGGUACGACUCCCCGUGGGGAACUGGCGCCGAGCUGAACGAAGCUGACAGUCUGUCUCCUAGUAGAGUAGGAGGCAGCACAGGGGACAGCCAAUCAAGAGUCUUAGAUGAACAGUUACUUCCUGAACUUUACCGUGACCCCACUAUGGCAGUCACCUUCAACACAAUCAAGGACCUGCCUCUACGGUAUCCAGAUGAGAUGCCCACUAAGCAUCGGGCCUCCUUUGUGUCGGUCAUGGAGGUGCCCACUGAGGAGGAGUGUCCAGAGGUGAAACAGUAUGCCUCCUACACGCUACCCUGUCGCAAACCCAGGCCUGUCGCAGAGGAUGCAGUCAAGAAGGAAUCCAUCAGAAACCGCAUGAGACGCCUCAGUGACUGGACUGGAAGUUUGACCCGGAAAAAGCGGAAAAUGCAGGAGCCGAGGUACAAAGACCCCAAUGAGUGCUUCGACAGUGGUGUGGAUGGCCUCACUGCCGAGACCAGCUCCCCCUCUCAGGUGUCCAGUCUCCUCUGGUACCCGAGGGGCCCGUCCCAGCCUCGGUCCCGCUCGCGUUCCCAAGCUCUGCCGUCUCGCAGUGAAUCGGCUGGCGCCCUGAACCAGGGGACAGACGCGCUGCGGCAGAACAUCUACGAGAACUUCAUGCGGGAGUUAGAGGCCGGAGGAGGCCGGAGUGGAGGAGGAAGAGGAGGAGGAGGACUGGGCGGCGGCAGCGAGGAGCGGCAGCAGGAGCCGUCCACGGAGGGCACGGAGGACAGCAGCAGCGAGGAGACGCUGGGCUCCCUGGAGCAGCUGGACCUGCUGUUCGAGAAAGAGCAGGGGGUGGUCCGGCGGGCCGGGUGGCUCUCCUUCAAGCCCCUCAUCACCCUCCACAAAGACCGGAAGCUGGAGCUGGUGUCCCGACGCAAGUGGAAGCACUACUGGGUCACCCUGAAAGGCUGUACAUUACUCUUUUAUGAGACCUACGGUAAAAGCUCCUCUGAGCAGGACUUGUCCCCUCGCUAUGCCUUGAUAGCUGAGGACAGCAUUGUCCAGGCUGUACCUGAACACCCCAAAAGAGAGAACGUGUUUUGCCUCAGCAACACCUACGGUGACGUCUACCUCUUCCAGGCCAGUAACCAGACCGACCUCGAGAACUGGGUGACUGCCAUCCACUCGGCCAGCGCCUCCCUCUUCGCCAAGCGCCACGGAAAGGAGGACACCCUGCGGCUCCUCCGAGGCCAGAUCCGCGGCCUCCUGCAGAAGAUCGAUAUGGACAGCAAGAUGAGGAAAAUGGCCGAGCUGCAGCUGUCCAUCGUGAGCGAUCCCAAGAACAGGAAAGCCAUCGAAAACCAGAUUCAGCAGUGGGAGCAGAACUUGGAGCGCUUCAACAUGGACCUCUUCCGCAUGCGCUGUUACUUGGCCAGUUUGCAGGGCGGAGAGCUGCCCAAUCCCAAGAGUCUCCUGGCCACUGCCAGCCGCCCUUCCAAAGCAGCUCUGGGCCGCCUCGGAAUCUUUUCUGUGUCCUCCUUCCAUGCACUGAUCUGUUCUAGAGAUGAGGCCACGUUACGGAAGCGCUCCCUGUCGGUCUCCCAGAGAGGACGGAGCAAACGAGGACUAUUCUCCUCGCUCAAGGGCCUGGACAACCUCACCAGACGGGGGCGCGAGAAAAGACCCUCGGCCUCUCAGCUCUUCGAGAGUGAGACGGAGACGCAAGUGAACUAUCUCCCACCGUACAGUUCAGAGAGACUGGACAGCCUGGCAAACCUCUACUCCAUAGCACCACCUGAAGGCGGCCACUGGAAUGACGGCGGUGAAAGCCAGUCCUGUGUUUACAUGCCGGACAACCAGGCGGUCACGCUGCCUUUGAGACAAGAUCACAUGGUGGCGGACGCCCUCUCUUUGGCCUGCAAGGCCAAGCACUUGGAGCCCAGCCUGCACUUCCUGCGACUGCGGAGGUGCGUGGGGCAGUGUGUGGAGGUGUGUGUGCCCGAACCAGACGAGCUGCUGCAGGACCUGGUGUACGAGGAGUUGGAGGUCUGUCCGCUGAAUGUAUUCACUCUGCACAUGACUAGACCCAGCAGCACGGCAGACUAUGGUUUUGCAGUGACUGGGCAUGUCGACGUCCUCAGCAAGAGCCGAAUCUUUGUCAGUGAGGUGCUCCCUGAUGGACUAGCCUUUGGUGAAGGCCUGAGGCCUGGAGAUGAGAUCCUGGUCCUGAAUGGUCGCGCGGUGUCGUCCCUGGACCUGAGUCUGAUCCAGAAGCUCUUUGCCGAGCACACGUUGCAGCUCACCCUGCGGCGUGACCCCCCGUCCCACAAACGCUUCCCCGAUGAAACCACCCUCUCACUUAACCCCUCCCACGCUCAGAACACCCUGCAGAAACCUCCCAGAGCCAAGUCCUCCACAGAUGUGUCCACGGUGCAGGAGGGCCCCGGCACGCUGCUAGAGCCCAGUCUGGAGAAUGGUCUGCACCAUCGGCGACGCAGUCACCAGCCAGUACAGCACAGCAAGAGUGUGGAGACAGUGUGCACACUGUACCACUCCUUCCAGGAGGGCUCUGGAGGCCUGAUGGAGGGCCAGAAGGAAGCGGCGGGCCCCGAGCCCACCCUGCUGAGACCCUGCCCUCGCCACAUGUCCGCCACCGAGCGGCUACGCAAGGUCAUCCAGGAGCUGGUGGACACCGAGAAGUCCUACGUCAAGGAUCUGAGCUGCUUGUUUGAGAUCUACCUAAAGCCCCUGCAAAAGGAGACCUUCCUCACGCAAGACGAGAUGGAGAGCCUCUUUGGUAGUUUGCCCGAGAUGCUGGACUUCCAGAGGGUCUUCCUUCAGACCCUUGAGGAGCGGAUCGCCUCCUCGCCGGACUUCAGCACCUUGGAAACCCCCAUGCAAUUCAAGAAGCUGCUCUUCUCUCUAGGCGGGUCCUUCCUGUACUACGCCGAUCACUUCAAGCUCUACAGCGGCUUCUGUGCCAAUCACAUCAAGGUCCAGAAGGUCCUGGAACGAGCGAAAACUGACCAGGCCUUCAAAGAGUUUCUGGACGCCAGGAACCCGACCAAGCAGCACUCGUCCACGCUGGAGUCCUACCUGAUCAAGCCGGUGCAGAGGGUGCUCAAGUACCCACUGCUGCUCCGAGAGCUGGUGUCUCUGACCGACGCAGACAGCGAGGAGCACUACCAUCUGACAGAGGCCUUGAAGGCCAUGGAGAAGGUGGCCAGUCACAUCAAUGAGAUGCAGAAGAUCUAUGAGGACUACGGCACUGUGUUUGACCAGCUGGUGGCGGAGCAGAGCAGUGCAGAAAAAGAGGUCACAGAGAUUUCCAUGGGAGAGUUCCUGAUGCAUUCCUCGGUCAUCUGGCUCAACCCGCUCCCCUCGCUAGGCCGCAUGAGAAAGGACCCCGAGCUGACCGUGUUUGUGUUCAAGAAAGCUGUCAUCCUCGUCUACCGGGACAACAACAAGCUGAAGAAGAAGAGUGGCCCACGCUCGUCCCAUGGAGACACGGACCCGUUUAAGUUCCGCUGGCUCAUCCCGCGGUCCUCCCUGCAGGUGCGGCUGGGGAACUCAGCAGGCUCAGAAACCAGCUGUAUCUGGGAGCUAAUCCACACCAAGUCGGAGAUCGAGGGGAGGCCAGAGACAGUGUUCCAGCUCUGCAGCAGCAUUCCAGAAAACAAAGUCAACAUCAUCAAAGUGAUCCGGUCGGUUCUGAGGGAGAACGUGAGGCGGAACAUGCCAUCGGACCGGGCCUGCAGGGAACGUCUGACCCCACUUCGCAGCACCCUGCCCUCCUCCGCAAGGCUAGGUUCCUCCAGGGCCUCCUGGCUGUGCAGACUGGACCCUCCUUCCCCCGCUGCUCCCCACACAGAUGUGCCAAGCCGGCGGCCGGCCGACUCCGACGAAGCCAGUCUGAGCAGUGGCGCCCCCAGUGACGGGCGGCCCCCGAAGCCCGCCGAGCGUCUCUCGCCCCCGUCCCCGUCCUCGGCCGCCUCGUCCCUGUCGCCCUGCGGCAGCGCGUCGGAGCCGCUCAAGGAGUCGGACAUCCUGAGCGACGAGGACGAGGAGUUCGCCGAGCGCCUGUCGUCGGGCCGCAGCGACUCGCCGCCCAGCGCCAUCGAGGCCCAGUUCCGCCAGCUGCGUCUGUCCGAGGAGCAAGCGGUGGCGCGGGCGCCGGCCCCGUGCGUCCAGCCCGAGGGCGGCGAGGUGGACACCCCGGAGAGGCGUCCGCCCGCGUCUCCCCGCGAGCCGGGACCUGGGCUCCAGCGCGCCCACUUCUGCCCCAUCAAGAGGAAGAGCGGUGGCAGCCUGCGCCGCAGCCAGGGGGCGCUCCUGAGCAUGUGCGAGCACAGCCGCUCGCUGGACAGCCAGGCGGACACGGUUGCAGUGGCGGCGGCCGACCUGAAUAGCCUGCUCGAGCGGGAGUUCAGCGUGCAGAGUCUCACCUCUGUCGUCAACGAGGAUUGCUUCUACGAGGUGGCCGAGUCUGGAGACAGCAGCGCGGCUACAGCCAGCUCCUAGCACCCGCAGCACAAACCCCCCACCCCCCC